AAGUUGGGAUAAUCACCAUAUGCCUUUCCUACGCAUGCUCCGUAUAUUUUAAGCUAAGCAUUGCUCUUUACAAUUUAAUAUUCCGCCAACAUGAAGUCGAUGGACGCGGGUUUUAAAUGUAAAACGUAACUUUUUUUAUUUUCACACCCAAUAAUCAAAUGUAUUAACGCUUAAAUACGCGAUUUAUGAAGUUUAUCCGCUUCCAUAUUAUCAAUAAGUUCUACUUUCGUUAAGACUGAGUUUGGCCACACCUAGAUCCUGUCCUAUUUUCACAAAAAAAGAGAAGGCUUUUCUUCUUGUGCAUUUGUUUGCGUGCCGGUGAGUACCCGGCUGUGUAACUUGAUAGGAGUCCUAGCGAAGCAAUAAGGGAAUGUUGGGCAGCUAUGGAGCGGAAUGCAAUCCAGUGGUUGGGCGCCCCCUGCUGCCUGCGCGGGUCCUUCGCCUUCUACAAGUCCUUCUGCUGUCGGCGGGAGGAGGAGCGUCCGGCGGCGGUCUGGAAGCUGGGCGAGUUCUACUUCCUGCGCUGCGGCCCCCAGGAGCCCGUGUGCGUCGCUGAGCUGGCCCUGCUGUGGGAGGACCGCGCACAGCGCCACCUGCUGGCCAGCUCCAGGCUCUACUUCCUCCCGGAGGACACCCCCAAGGGCCGGACAGGGGAGCACGGAGAGGACGAAGUUCUGGCGGUGUCGAAGAAGAUGGUGAUCCGGGUGGAGGACCUGGUGAACUGGACCUGCCCGGAACCUUCCGGAUGGAAGAGAAGUGGGCGGAAGGUCAAAGGCUCGGACGGCUGUAACGGAACCUCACCGGCCGCGACCUCUGACCCUGGCGAGCCGAAGGCGGAGCCUGAGCUUGAGCGUGAAGGUGGGGUACCUGUGGAGCAGCAGCGGGUGAGGGUGCUGAGCUACCUGCAGUACUGUCGCUUCCGUUCCCUUCAGCGACGCAUACAGGACCCCCCCAGCUCCCCUGGCCCCCCCGGCCCCCCUGGCCCACAGGACCCCCACCUGCUGGCCCUGGGGGGCAUUCGGACGGCGCACCACAACACCCUGGUGCUGUACUGCCGGGACACCUUUAACCACCCCACCCUGGACAGCAGCGCCCGCGUGUGGACCCAGCUGGGAUGCACCUCUCUCAGCCUGAAGGGAAGGCCUCGCAAGAGGAGGGGCAGAGACGGGAAGGGGAUGGAGAGACCGCCCCUCAACCAAUCAGAGUCCUGGAUUGAGAAGAUGAAGGAGAACGUGAUGGGCAGUGUGGAGGUGCCGUGGGAGGGGGGCUGGCUCCCCCACCCUGAAGAGCAGCCCUUCCUGGACCAGCUCUUCGCCUUCAUGGAGCACCGCGGCUCCCCCAUCAGCAAGGUCCCCAACCUGGGCUUCAAAAAGAUCGAUCUUUUCCUUCUCUUCUCCGUGGUGAAGCGGCUGGGAGGUUAUGAAAGGUUAAUCCUCCUCGCUUGCAGGCUGAUCCUGGCUUAUGAGCAGCAUCUGAUGGGUGGAGGGGAGGAGCUUUCCAAACCUCAGCUGUCUGCGGCGGCCAAUAGGAGCAAGGAGCUGCAGAAGGGGAAAGGAGCAGAGGUCAAUCAGAAGGAGAAGACGAGCAGCCCCAAUGGGCCCACCAGCCCGGCGGUCCCGGUGAGGAAGCGGGGCAGGCCCCCGAGCCGGCGCAACUCCAAAGCCGCGGCAAAAGCGUCCAGUACAGAGGCCACGCCUCCGCAGAGCACACCCGCCACCCGCCAGGAGGGGUCGCUCUUCCAGGAACUCAACUUCAGCAACCUCCAAAACGGGCUGGCGUCCGCGGCCCCCGAGGACCCCCGGCUGGCCCAGCCUCUCGCCCCGUCCCCGCCGCUCCCCCCCCAGCCCAAAGCGGAGCCGGGGGUGAAGGUGGAGGACGUGGCGGCCCUGUCCCCGGCCUCUCUGUCGGCCCUCACCAGACUGCACAUGAGCGGGCCCCCAGGGGCCUUCAGCCUGCCCAAGGGCCUGUGCCCGCUGGACCUGUUCCGGUCCCGCCUGGGGCUGGGGGGCGUGGAGGGGCCUGACCCCCCGACCCCCCAGCACCCCUCCGUCCUCCUGUACCAGCCCAAAACCGCGGCCCCCGAGGGCCCGAGGCUCUCUCUGUUCCCGGGGGGGAGGGGGGACGAGCGGGGGCAGAAGGAGGCGGGGGAGGGGCGGGGCCGGCCCCCCAUGCCGCCGCUGCGGAUCCUCCCAUUGGACAUCGACUGCAGCCUGCAGGUGCGGCAGCUCAUGCGCACGCGGCUCGGCUCCUCCCAGCUCAACUCCUUCGCCAAGAAGCUGACGGAGGUGCUGGCGCAGGACCUGGGCCGGGCGCCGCACCCCGCCCCCCCCGCGCCGGCCAAUCAGGAGCAGGCGCUGCCGCUCAACCUCAGCAAGCGCUGCGGCGCCAAGCGGCCGGCCGAGGACGAGGGCGGGGCCGGCGGCUGGCAGGACGGGGGCUCCCCGCUCGCGGCCAAGCGGGCGCGGGCGGAGUGGGACGGCUCGACCCCCCCGGGGGGGCUCCUCAAACACAGCGCCUGCGGGACGCUCCUCCUGGAGGAGCAGGAGGAGCAGGAGGAGCCGGCGGACCUGAGCUGCCCGCGGCGAGCCCGCGCCUCCCUGCGGGAGCAGAGCGCUCGGGGGGCGGGGUCUCCCUGUCCGUCUGGACCUGCCGGGCUGGGGCUGCAGCCGCCAUUGGCCAACGGGGCUGAUGGAGGCGGAGCUUGGGACAGCUGCUCUGACACUGGAGCAGACUGCAGAGGGGCGGAGUAACAGGAGCAUGAAAGACACACACACACACACACACACACACACACACACACACCAACACACAGUCACCUCCUUAGACACACACGCAGUCACACACACACACACAAACUCUGUCUGCAUUCAUAUUUGCAUCCAUUUUAGCAAUAUUGCCAUAUUAUGAGUCAGUGCUGAAAAACCGUUAACUUUACUGUACAUAGGUUGUCCAGCUUUCAUACUUGAUUUAAUUUAGAUUGUUUAAAUAUUUAAUUCUUAAGACAUAUCCUGCAAUAGUUAAUCUAUUUUUUAAAUCCAUUUUCCCAAUUGUGUACUGUUCUGAGAGUCUGAAUUGACACUGAAUUGACUGUACAUACCUGUCUAUACAUGUAGUGUGUCCUAAUUUAGAGAAACUCAAGGGACAGUUUGUUCUUUAAGAAUACAGAUUAACUGCAUUAAGAUGUCAUCCAGAUUUUCAGUUAUGCAAUUGUAUCGUCUGUCUGCUCUACUGAGUAUGUAAACUCGAGAUGACCCAGCUUUACCUGCUGUAACGAUGUGUUGUUAUAAUAUGAGCAGUUUUAAAUUUGAUAUCUCUGAAGUAUCUUUCAGGAAAUAAUACCUGUGCAAGCAGUUAGAUGUCACUUAAAGGUAUAUUUAUGUAAUUUUAAAUUUUUUCUCGAAUCCGUUUCAUCCUAUCAUAACACAAAAUGACAGCUUUUUAGCUGCUAAAAAUCUCACCAGCAUAUAGUUCUUGUUUUUAAGCAUUGGUUAGCUACGGCAUUGCCUCUCAACUCUUCUUUUUAACGUCUAUCCCAGGGGUGCCCGGUCUUACCAGAAGAGGGCUGGUGUGAGUUUUUACACUAAAACACCCGAUUCAUCAAAAUAGCAGUCAAGCCUUCGACAGGCAGAGUCAGGCCCCUCUGUGCUGGGCUAAAGCGAGAACCUGCCCCCCCACCGCCCCUUUUCAGGAGAGACCGACACCCCCGCGCCCUGCAGUUAAUGAUCCUGCUGCUAGCAUGCUAGCUGGUUAAAUAUUAGACUGCGCAGUGGUUUCAGCUGCCGGUUCUGCAGUAGGUAUGCUGUGCUCAGGACACUGGAAUCCCACCUUCGUCCUUCAGCGCCAUUACUUUCCCCUGAUAACCUGUGACAGGGGCUUCUUUAGAAAAACGAGCACACAGCCGUUCUCACGCCAUUCCUGAAUAAAUCGCAGGUUUGCGGGGCAUAACCGACCAGUGAAAGGCAGGUGGAGGCUGAGAUUCUCUCCGUCUUCAGCUGUUAACUGUUUUUGUUUUUUGAUAAGCAGUGAAUAAUGGCAAAGUAGAACUUUGGAUUCUAAUCUCUCAGUGUACCAAAAAAGGUGUAGUGUACCUUUAAGAAGAAAAAGUGUUGCGCUCUUCUCUCCUAUUGGUCCAGAAUGCUGGAUGUGCGUCUACUGUAUCCAUUCUACUUCGCCUUUUUCACCAGUGGGUUUCCAUGGUAUUUAAAAACGAUAUAUUUUAAGGAUGCCAAAUUUUCAAAUUAACCCGCCUGCUCGCUUUUGAUAAUCCAUAUUGAAAUGACACUAAUCUAAACAGUCAUGAAACAAAACAGACUUUGACGUUUGUGGGGUGUGAGUUGUCAAAAUGUAUUUUUUUGUUUUUUUUUGGAAGUUCUGUUCUGACACCUGACCUUUGACCUCACUCAUGAGGUGCUGGAGGUCGAGUCUCACCGGAAGUGAGCGGUGUUCUGUGGGCUAUUUUGGGUCCUUUAGCAUGAUAUUGCAUAAUGACCAUCAGCAUAUCACUGCACACACAUGGUCAGUAUGAGCUGUUUACAUCUUUAAAUAUAUAUAUAAAAACACACCAUUUGAGCACACAGUCCUGGUGACCUGCUUUUUGAUCAUCCUCUGUAAUAUGUUUGUGUUUUUUCCACAGUUUGAUAGAAAUAUUUUAAUAAGUACUGCAGCUGUUUUUUUUAUAACUGAUGUGUUUUGUGUCAUCUUAGUAUUGCGGUCCGAGAUUCCCGUCCCGGCGUGUAAAGGUGCAGAUUUUAAAUGUCUCUUGUCUCGUCUGGGCUGUUCUUUUUUUGGUAAUUUCCUGUUCAGUGAACAUUUUCAAUAUUUAAGCCUUAUUUAAUAUUCUUUUUGUAGCCUUUAAAUGUUUAAAAUCAUAAUUUAAGGUUGUUUACAUUCAGUUAUGCAUGUUGAUAAAAAUAUGUAAUGUAUUUUUAAAGUGCGUUUCAUGCCAUGAGCUGACCACACUAUCUGACUGGUACUGGUCCAAACCUUUCCCUCCCAGUGUACUCUGUACCCCGCAGAAUGGUUCUGCUCGUGGGACCAAACAUCAAUAGUCUGUCAAAGCGGUUUUUUUUUUUUUUUACUGAAAAAAAUAGUUGUCAUUUUACAGAACUGUUUGCCUGGGGGACUUUAAAAGAUUGCUUGCAAUGAAAUGUCGAAAAGAAAUCACACUUAUGCUGUCCUAGAUUUGACAGUGAUUUAUUAACAAGUAACAAAACAAUCAGAAUAUAUAUGAACAAGUUAUGGUGUAAUUAAGGGGUUUCUUCCCUGUCUUUUCCCCCCAGUACUUGAAAAGCUGCCGUUCGGGUGCAGAUCAUGGCAUUUUGUGGCUUCUCUGUAAACCUGUGUAUCGAUGGGCUCACACUGCUGACCCACAUUCCUGUAUCGAUGGGCUGUGAGCCGCAUGCCUCUCUGGUCCUGUGUACGAGCCUCCAUAGCUGAAGCAUUAUGUAACUCCGCCAUGCACAGCUCUUUGUAUCCAGGAAUCUGUGAUGAAACGUUGAAAGAUGGUCAUUUAACCAUGUGUAUUAACACUGUAUAUUUAUAUUAAAAUUUUAUCUCCUGCA